AUUAUAUUUAAAAGAUUGUCUAAAUAAAACAGUAAUAGUACUAGCAUAUUGUAUUAUUCGCUAUACUCCGUUUCAAAAGAGAAGACACCGGGCGGCGACCAGUUUCCGUUCGGCGGCGCGCAUCUCCCACUUUGUCCCAGGGAACCACUUGUUUGAUUAGCAUGGUUGCUAGCGCUCCUAACCGAUGAUAAAUAUUUGACUGGUCGUUAUACCGAACGAUUCAAAUUCCAAUCUUUUUUGUGUAUCAUUUGUAAUAUCCUGUUUACACGCAGCACACCGUCACUAGCAAACGCUCAGUACCUAAAUUGCAUUUGAUUUUUCAUUAUUAUUUUUUUUAAUUUUAUUUUAUUUACCGAAGAAGAAAUAGCUGGAGUAGAAUUUUCGUCGCCGGUUAAACGAAAUAUCAAAGGAAAGUUUGUUUGUUCACGUCAACGUGAAAUGAUAAUCAAUGCGUAUAAAUCCAAAUUGGCAGUCGAUCCAAAUUUGACUGUUAGAAAGGCGCGCGAAAUCCUCUCUAAGGAAUUGGGAAUUGGUCAAAAGACAAUUUCAAACACAAUUGCCCAAUAUCGCGAAAACAAAACAGUGUCUUCGCCAAACAAAAUAAAAAUUUUCAAAAACGUUGAAACAAAAGUAGACGAUUUUGAUAAAUAUGCCAUCAGAAGGAAAAUCCAUCAGUUUUGGUUUAAUCGUGAACUGCCGACGUUAGAUAAAAUGUUGACGGUAGUUAAUGAAGAUAAAAGUCUACCAAAUUUCUCCCGCACAUCAUUAUAUCGAUUAAUGAAAUCCAUGGAAUUCGAAUGUGCUAAACGAGGUCGUAACAGCGCGUUACUUGAAAAAAACAAGAUAAUUCUUUGGCGAAGACGGUACAUUAGAGAUUUACGAAAAUACAGAGAAGAAGGUCGUCAAAUUUAUUUUCUCGACGAAACUUGGGUAAAUGCUGGAGAUGUUACGAGCAGAAUAUGGAGUGACAAUACUGUACAAUCUAGCCAAGACGCUUUUUCCCAGGGACUAUCAACAGGCGCAGUCAAUCCCACAGGUAAAAGGAAGCGACUCAUAGUAGUUCACAUAGGGUCCGAAGACGGAUUUGUUCCAGGUGGGCUUCUAUGUUUCGAAUCCAAAAAAAACACCCAAGACUAUCACGACGAGAUGAAUGGGGAUUCUUUUCGUGAUUGGUUGGAAGGUGUUUUGCCGAGACUCUAGGAAAAUUGUGUAAUUGUGAUGGACAACACUCCUUAUCACUCAGUGAAAAAAGAGAAAUGUCCAACUACGCAAUGGCGAAAGGCAGACAUCAUCAAUUGGCUCACAAGUAAAGGGGAGGUAAUCGAUAACUCGAUGAUAAUUCCGGAGUUAUUAGAAGUGGUAAAACGAUUGAAACCUUUGUAUUCAACCUAUGUGAUUGACGAAAUGGUUAAGGAGCAAAACAAAGUAGUCUUACGUUUACCUCCCUACCACUGUGAGCUAAAUCCUAUAGAAUUAGCUUGGUCUGUCGUCAAAGAUCACGUAAAAGCCAUCAACAAAACUUUUAAGCUAGCCGACGUACAUAAUCUUCUAAUCGAAGGUACUGUAAAAGUUACUGUUGAGAUGUGGAAAAACUUUAUCAGCCACACCACGAAAGCAGAAGACAAGUUUUGGGACAUGGAUAAUUUGAUUGAUGAACUGAUGGCAGAACAACAGAGAGUUGUACUAACUAUCGGCAAUUCUGAUGACGAAGAUGAUUCUGAUUUUUCUGAUUUUUAAUGUUUUUUUAUUUUUGUGUAAAUAUUUAAUUUGAGUCGCGGAAGCAAUGCGCAAGCAGUCCCCGCGGCGUCGUCGGUUCAAACUGGAAAAAAAAAAAAAAUAUUUAAUUUGUAAAAAAUUGUCAAUAGUAAAAAAAAAUC